AUGGCUGUGUGUGCAGCAAUAAUUGGAAAAGAUAAUUCACCGAAAUUUUUUGCCACCAUAAAUCCAGAUGAAGAAUUACACUUUCAGUACAAAGUUCUCUCAUCUUAGACGUUGUCGAAGAAAAAUUAAACUCUGGAUUAAAGAGUGGAGCGGAUAUGAGAGAAACUAUAUUUAGGUAUGCUGCUCUCACUGGAAACACAUAAAAUAUAUGGUUACGUAACAAACACAAAAAUUAAGUUUAUUAUUGUUAUAGACUCGACCAAUAUGGCUAUAAGAGAUAAUGAAAUAAGAUCAAUGUUCAGGAAAAUACAUUCAGAAUACGCCGAUAUCGUCAGCAAUCCGUUUUAUAUACCAGGGGAGCCAAUUUCUUCUAAGGCAUUUACUUCAAAUAUUAAGAGUAUAAUGACUGGUACCGUUUAA